AUGUCCUGCUCACCAGAUAUGUUUCCACAUCCGGUUAAGACGUACCGCUCCACGCCCUACGACCGUAUCGCACCACGAAAUGCGACAUUUGAUGGCGCUGGCAAGACGGUCGUGAUUACAGGUGGCGCUACAGGCGUUGGUCUAUCUGUAGCGAACUCCUUCGCUGAGGCUGAAACGUCACGCAUCGUGAUCAUCUCUCGCUCAGCAACUUCACAGCAGAAGGCGAGGGUGGAACUUCAGAACCGGCACCCUAAGACCAAAGUUGAGCUCUUCCAAGGCAGUAUCGACAACAUCUAUCGGAUCAAAGAGAUCUUGAAUCAAGUCGGCACGCCAGAUGUGCUGGUCCUCAGUGCAGCGACUUCGCACAAGCACGUCCCAACAAUCCAGAUCCCGGACGAUGAGAUGGAGGAGAACUGGAACAUCAACGUUCUAGCACAGUACAAGAUCGUUAUGGCACACCUCGCUAUGCCGAAGCCAGCCGGUGCUCAGAAGACCAUCGUCAACGUCAGCUCUGCUUGCGGGCAACUCAUUGUCCCCGGCCUGACAGGCUAUGGCCCGUCCAAGGCUGCUUUCACGCAGAUGGUAUCUCAUCUGGCGGCUGAGUACACCCCAGAGAAGGACGGAGUGCGUAUGUUAAACUUCCACCCAGUACGGGACAAGAAUGCCGACGCCGACAAGAUCGCCACAAUCGUUGUAGACACAUUGGAUACCUGCCUCGCCAAGGAGGACUACGAAGGCGUCUCCAGGCUCGUCCUCAAGGACGGGCACUGGCGUGAUCAUUUAGCAUCGUCUCUCGACUUCCGGACCGUCAAAGGCGCCUCGAAUGUCAUAUUCUUCCUACAAGACAAUUCCGCGGUCGAGGAAAUCAUCAUCGAGCGCGACACAGACUUCCGCAAACCUCAUUUCGGACCGCUUAAUCUAAAUGGCGAUCCCGAAAACAUUACAUUUCACGUCAGUUUCCGCGCAAGCCAUGGAACAGGACGAGGUGUCUUCCGUUUGCUAGAUGAAGGCACAGGAUGGGUGAUCUCCACUGUCUUCCUGUCGUUGCAGGAACUUGGAGGAGAUCAGGAACCAGAAGGAACGAAGAGACCUGAUGGACCCUUCGAUGAUGAGGAGAAGAAAAUCCGAAACUGGCAGGAUCGACGGACGGAGGCGAAUGAGUUCAAGGAGAGGGACCCGGCUGCGUUGGUUGUGGGCGCAGGUCAGGCUGGUCUCAUGGCAUCAGCGCGGCUGAAGAUGCUUGGUGUCGAUACGCUUGCAAUUGAUACCAAUGACCGCGUUGGAGAGAAUUGGAGGAGACGAUACCAUUCGCUUGUGCUUCAUGACCCAGUGUACUUCGACCAGAUGCCGUACAUGCCGUUCCCGAAGUCAUGGCCAUUGUACACGCCCAAGGAUAAGCUGGCUGACUGGUCCGAGGCGUAUGCUAGCACACUGGAAUUGAAUAUCUGGACUAAGACGAAGCUCGUGUCCUCGCAAUGGGAUAAAGGCGAGUCGAAGUGGACUGUAGAGCUCGAGCGAACCCAAAGUGAUGGUAAGACCGAAAAGAGAACGAUUCGUCCUUGGCACAUAGUGCAGUGUACAGGCCACUCCGGUAAGAAACUGGUUCCUGAAAUCAAGGGUAUGGAUAGCUUCAAAGGUGAUGUACUAUGCCACUCGUCGGAUUACACCGGUGUGUCGCAAGAGGGUCACGACAUCUAUCGCGACUACUACGAACAUGGCUAUGCCGUCAAAAUGGUUCAACGAUCCUCAACCUGCGUCGUCACCAGCUCCAGCAUAACCAACGUCGGCCUCGCCGACGCAGAUCUCUGGCUCUGGGGAAUGCCACCUGAACUCUUCAAAGCGCAGCAAAGCAAAGUCUCUGGCUUGCAGAAAGAUACCGACUCUGAGAUCCUGAAGGGCUUGGAGAAAGCCGGCUUCAAAUGCGACGAUGGUACAGACGACAGCGGGUUGUUUGUAAAGUAUCUUCAACGCAGCGGGGGCUACUACAUCGACGUCGGCGCCUCCCAAAUGAUCGCAGACGGCAAGAUCAAAGUCAAACACGGCCAGGAAAUCACCGAGAUCACAGCGCACGGGCUCAGCUUCGCAGACGGCACGAGUCUUGAAGCUGACGAGAUUGUCUUCGCCACUGGGUAUCAGAAUAUGCGUUCUCAAGCUCGUAUCACGGUCGGAGAUGAAGUCACGGAUCGUGUAGGAGAUGUGCGGGGUCUCGACAAGGAGGGCGAGUUCAGGACGAUAUAUCGGCGUAGUGGACACCCUGGGUUCUGGUUUUUUGGUGGGAAUUUCCCGUUGUGUAGGUACUAUUCGAGGCUGCUGGCACUGCAGAUUAAGGCUAUUGACACGGGGGUUGGAGCGCGGGAGAGUGGACAUUAUAAGGUGAGAGAGGGAGGAGGAUCGAAGCCGUCGGAUGAUGAGGUACUGGUGCUAAAUUAG